AAUUUUUAAUUUUUUAUUUUUAUUUUUUUCAUUUAAUAAUAAUUAAAAUUUUAAUUUUUUUUAAUUUUUUUUAAUUAUAUUUAAUUAUUAUUAUAAUAAAAUAAAUAUAUAAGGAAGUUCCCCAGUAUUAAUUUUUCUUUUUUCCAACAAGAGUCUCAAAAAAAAAAAAAAAAAUCUUUUUUUAAAAACAAUAUAAAUACAUUAAAUAAUUCAUUUCAUUUAAAUCAUACAAAUACUCAACAAAUAUAUUAACUGCAAAUAAUUAAAUAAUUAUACAUAAUAUAAAUAUACAUAUACACAUACAAUGGUACUUUCAGAAAAAGUUGACAAACAAGCCAGAUUAGACCGUAGAUCAUGCCAAGCUUAUAGAAGUGUUGAUAAAAAACAAGGACAUGGUAAAUUCGGUUGGGGUGAUAUGAAUGAUGAAAUUGAAGCUCAAUUAGUAGAUCUUGAAGAAGAAAAAGUUUUAGAAAAUACUCAAAAAUAGAUUCUCUCCUCAUUUAUAUUCAGAUAUAAAUUAAAAAAAAAAAAAAAAAAAAAAAAAACCAAUAUUUAUAUAUAAUUUAAAAUAUAUAUAAAAGAGAUUUUAACUCAUGUAAAUAAAGAAACUAUAUAAAACUCAAACA